GCACUGAAGCGUCGGUGUCGAGUAACUCCGCGUAGGUGAUGCGCGCACGCGUCACGGGGACCAGACAGAACUUUCCACACCACAACCUUCCUUACGCUUCCACACCAAGGAAACGCAUUUCCGCUGCUUUCGUCCUUCUGCUGUCUUUUUAAUUAUAUUUCCCUUUUUAUCAUUCUUCUUCUUUCGUGACUCGCCGUUCUCACGGCGGUGGGUGGCGCCCUCCGUUCCUCGCAGCAUCCCUCUACUCGUGCAAUUCUUCUGCCCCGUCGCUUCAUCACGUCUUGAUGGGCUUCGCCGCUGCCGCCCCACCAAACAAAGCACCGACAAACACAAAAGCCCCAGGGGUUUUCCCCCUCGCUCAACUCUCGCUUCGCGUGUGUGCGACGAUGUCGGCACCCGUGGCUCUCAACUCGGCCGCCCUUCACACGGCCCGCCAGUGCUUUGGCAGGAACGGCAUCGAGGCUUCCCCGGUCGGCUUCUACGGAUUUGCGCGCUGCGCCGUUGUGUCUCCGACGACGCUGCUCGUAGCGGGCGGCCUGGUCUUCUACCUCAUUGUGUACGUGGAUCUUGCUGCGGUGUUGGCUCUGCUGUACCUGCUGAGUCUUCUCGUGGUGGUGCUCGUGUGGAGCGCGUGCACGAGCCGGCGCGGGGCCACCGCCCUGCAAGGUUGCUUUUCGCGUAGCAGUGCGGUGGCCUACCGCGAGGGAACGUGGGCGCUCGUCGGCUCCGCGCAGUUGGUGCCAGGCGAUUUGGUGCGGCUCGUCCACGGCUGCGUGGUGCACGCGGACUGCGCUCUCCUCGACGGCUCUCUGCUCCUCGACCUGUCGCAGCUAACGGGGAGCAGCGAGGUGGUGACGGCGGAGGCGGGGUACCUCCUUAAAGCAGGGGCGGUCGUGGUUGACGGCGCUGGCACUGCGGUGGUGCGCUACACCAACGUGGACACCUUUGUCGGACAGACCGUGAAGCUUCUGCAGCACCUGUCCCUUGGCCUCACCCGGCCGCUGGUGCAGCGCAGCUACCUCCUAACCAGCUUCGCCAUCCUCGUCGUCGUGGUCACUGUGGAGCUCGUCUUGUACGGGCUGUGCCGUGGGCGCUUCCGGUGGUCGGCCGCACGGGUAGCGCACGAGAUGAUGCUCUACGCGUGGGUGUGCCUCCCAACGCAUCUCGACGUGGCGGUCUUGCUGGCCGUCACGCGCGGCGCCGCGGUGGCGAUGCAGCGCACACACGCCAUCGUCCUCCGCCUUGGUGCCCUGCUCUCCUUGGCCUCCGUCGACGUGUUGGUGGCAGACAAGAGCGGCACCCUCACCACCGGUGUGUACGCCGUGGCGGCCACCUUCCGCUCCUUCUCCCCGCUCUACCCCUCCCGUGACGCUCUCGUGCAGCUGAUGGCGCUGGCGACGCGGUGGCACGAGCCGAGUCUGCACCCGAUGCGGCGAGCGGUGCUGCGGUGCGCUGACCUCGACGCGUGCGACCAGUAUGUUCGACUCGCCUACGUCGAGCACGACGGCGAGCGUCGCACCUCCGCUGUUCUUCGCCACGUCGACGGCACAGUGCUGCGGGUGACGGAGGGGACGGUGAAUGCGGUGCUCGCGUUGCUGGGCACGAAGGACACGAAUCCCAACGACGGUGGUGCCGCCGCCUCCGGCCCCGACGCGGAACUUGUUCGCGACCGUGCAGAGGCGCAGCGGCUUGCGACGACGUGGGGCUACCGCGGCCUUCGCACGCGCGCCGUUGCGGUCGGGAAGGAAGACGGGCCGUGGCAGCUCGCCGGCCUCGUCACCUUCCACGACGCACUGCGCGACGACGCCGCGGAGUUGGCGCGGAGGUGUGCAGGGGCCGGCGUGUCGUUCACCAUCGCGUCCGGUGACACGAAGGCGGUGGUUGAGACGGUCGCCGCCGCCGUCCUCCUGCCCACCGGGUCUUCGCUGCGUGUGAUGACGGGUGGCGACGUGCCGGCCCUCGAGCCGUGGCAGGCGCUGAGCACUUCUGCGGUGGCGGCUUCCACCUCGAUCUCCGCCACCUCGAGUUUGCUGAUGGCGGUGGACGAUGUGGGUGCGGCCGAGAGGAGGGCGCUCGCGGCUUGUCACGUGUAUGCGGAGAUGCAGCCGCAGCAUAAACUGUCGCUGGUGCGUCUCCUGCAGCAGUCUGGGCGGCGUGUCGGCUUGCUGGGCGACGGUCUCAACGACGCAGCGGCGGCGCAGGUGGCGGAUGUCGGCGUGGCGCUUGUCACGCCCGAUAGAGGUCCGCCCUUGACAGCGCAGGGGGCGGUGUGGGGAGCUGACAUCGCUCUCCCCUGCACCCGCCUGACCGCCGUGUGCGACUUGAUUGUCGGCAGUCGCGCGAUCUUCGCUAUCGUGCACCGACUCUUCUUCUACGCCUUCACCGUCACGUUGCAGACGGCGAUGUUCAUCGGCCUCGCCGCGUUGAUUGGGCCGGCGAAGUGCGAUUACAUUGCCGGCCAGCGCCGCUGCGACUCCCUGCUGUCGCCCAGCAAACUCUACCUUCCCUUCUUGGUUUUCCUCAGCGUAACGUGUCUUCUCUUUCAGGCGUGCGAGAGCGGCGAUGUCGUGUACUGGUCUGGUGCACCGUGUCGCUGCAGCCACCCCGUUGCCGCGGCGCAGUCCGCAUGUAUGGCGGUGGUCGGUGUGAGCGGGGGCGCCCCUUUCGCGCUGGGGCUCCCCCUUGCCUUCGUCUUUCCUAAAAGUGACGUGGACUUCACCCGCGCCACGCUGCGAUCCACGACCGCCACGAUGUAUCUCUUUUACCUCCAGUUGAGCCUGGCGCUGAUCUGCGCCUCGCCGGUGCGCUGCGGUGUGCGGUUGCUGACGGGGCGCGUGGUGUACCUGGCAUGCUUCGUCGUCGUUGUUGGCAUACUGGUGUACUUCGUCAACGGCUUCUACUUAACGGUGCAGCUGGCGCUGCUUGUGUACUGCGCACUCGUGAGCACGUUGCAGGAUGCGACAAAGUUGGCGGUGCACUGGGUGUGCUAUCGCCAUAACCUCUUUGGAUAUCGCGGCUGUGCCGAUCAUAUGACCAGACGGCGUCGGCGACAAUGCGAGGAGCAGCAGCAGCAGACGGUGACUGAAGAGCUGCCGCGUGACAACGGGUUUGGAGGCGAUGACGACGGUCAUGAAGUGCCUGACGGUGCGGUUGGCAGGGAAUCGGCUGCUUCUGCGGCCCAGAAUGCCUCGCGUCCGUACUCCUCUGCGCUGAACGUCGUUUUGGGUUGUCUCGUGCCUUUGGAAAUGCGUCUGCUGAGUGUGGCACCAUCGGAGACUUCGCGAGCAGCAGCAGCAGCAGCAUCAGAAGAAGCGUGA